UCAAAGUAUUGGUAAAGUAGAUGUAUCAAUAUCUAUUUAUUACCUUAUCUAUAAAUUAGACGAUAUUUUUUAGUGAAUAAUGUUUGAUAUUAUUGUGUUGUAUUUACAGUAUAUUGUAAAUUAUUUUAUUGAUUGAGGUCAUUUUUUUAAAAUUUUAGUCAACUCUUAAAUCUAUUAGUAAUUUUUAGAAAAAUUGUAAAAAUUAUUUGAAAUUUAAUGAAUUAUUACUAUUUAGAAAAAAAUGUCUCAAGAAUAUUAUGAUUUAAGAUUUGUCGUGACUACUCCAACUCUUGCUAUCACUCAGUAUAACUGUCAAAAAGAACCUUACGACCAGAUUGGAUUUUUAAUUGGUGAAAAAAAUGUAAAAGUAUCAAACAUUAUAACCGAUGAAUCAUUAAACAAUACAAUAACUGAAGAAACAAUUUGUAUUCAUGCUUCAUAUCCUGUACCAGAUUUUUAUGAACUUAUGUGUGUAAAUUCACUGAAAUUAGAUUUUAAAAAACUAAAAAAUUUUUUACAAAAAGGUCCUGAUAAUUUUGAGAAAUCAGUAAUUGGUUGGUAUCAUUUUCGUCGAAAUUCAGUUUUAAACCCAAGUAUUAAUGAUGAAUGUUUUCACAUGCAAUUAAGUUAUUAUUUUGAUAAAAUAUCCGUCUCGAAGAACAAAUUUUUAUUUUGUAUUUUAAAUCAUGAUUUCAAUGAAUCAAUGAUUCAUAAAUUUAAUCACAUAUUUUUCAAAAGUAAAUUUAGAAAAUGUUUAAUGCCAGUUAAAGUAGAUAUUGUUAAUUUGAGCACUAAACCAUUUAUUGAAAGUGAUAAUCUUGGAUAUAAAACAAAUAUUAAUCUAAUUAGUAACUGUAAAUCAUACUCCAACAUCAUACACAAAGUUUUUGGUCAAAGGAAUGAUCAGUGUUCAAAAGCCAUUAUAUAUAAAAUGAGAAAUGCUUUGAUUGAAGAAAUGGAAAAAAUGGUCAAGCGAAUUGUUGCAAAUGAGCAAGAAAUGAUUAAACUAAGAAAAAUAAUUGAAGUAAAGAAACGUGAAAUUGGAAAAAAUUAAAGUAAUAAUCUUAAGGAAUUUGUUGAUCAAUGAAAAAUAGUGACAAGUUUAUUAUCCUUGAUAUAAGUAUUUUCAUGAGUAAUUACAUCAAAUGUUACUUUGUAACAAAGCGUACUUAUUUAAUUACAUAAUGUAUAUACUGAUAAAAUUUGAAAUUUAAGAGGUUACCUUUAAUGUUUAUAUAUUCAUUAUAAAAUUAUUUAUGAUAAAUGAUGAAGUUAUUAUAGUAAAAGAAAUUAUUUAA